AUGCGACUCAAUCUGCCCAGCCUCUCGGCCAGCCCGCCCACAACCGAGCAUGCAGACGACCCCCUCGGCGCAUCAGACUACAUCCAGGUCGACCCCCACAACCACGCCGCCGACGAGCUGGACGGCAGCAUCGACCAGGACCAUGAGGACCCCUUCCAGAACAUCGCCACCCCCGCCAGUCUGGUGCCCGCCGAUCACGGCUUCGAGCCAGAGACAGCCACCCGCAACCAUCCCCAGCCAUCCCCGGACUUCCCCCAACUCGAUCUCUCCUGCGUCAACUCCGACGACACCGAUGCCUCGCUCACCAGCCUGUUCUCGUUCCCCGACCCACUCGGCUCGAUCGACCUCAUCAUCCCCAACACUCCCCCAGACCAGUACCAUCCUUCCCACUGGUUUAGCCCUCCCACACACCACCAGCUGCCCUCAUCCUCCCCACAUUCCGACCAGCAUACGAGCCUCUCGAGCGAUCUUCUCGACUUCAACUCUUCCCGUUCCCCCUCGCUCACCGAUGCCGAUCUCCACAGUCAUCCCUCCUCAUUCGCCUCUCCCACCUCGCCCACCUUCCCCUCAACCCCCGGCGCCGAUCUCUCCCACCGCCUGCACCUCUAUCUCUGCGGCCAUCAGAUCUCUCACUCCCAGUCACUCCAAAUCCUAUCCAACCUGCGCAUGAACUUCACCAGCCAUCUCCACUUCCCCACCCUCAACCCUACCUGCCCAACAAGCCGAGCCCCCCCUGCCUCCCAGCCGUCGCCCCCUCUCUCCCAGGCACGCUUCCGACAAGCCGUCACUCGCGCCCUCUCCGAUUCUCCUCCCCCCAACAGUCACACAGCCGAUCUAAUCUACCAUACUUCCUGGCUUGAGAUCAACCUUAGCGACCUCACCGCCCUCCCUGUGCACGAUCAACACUCCUUCCUAUCCUCCGCACCCGAAACUCCGGCUCUGAUCAUCCACACUACUGCUUCUCCUGAUUGUUUCCCGAUUGAUUGGCUCAGCGAGCUCUCCCGAGCCUGUCCCGCCCACCUUAACUUAUUCAAAGUGCUCCCUAUUCUUCUCGAUGAAAAAAACACAUCCAUUCUCCAGGCCCUCGUCCAUGGCUUCCACGCCAUCCUUGGUCUAAAACCCAACAAGCCCCUUGCUGUUAAGUCGUCUACUUCUGAGCCUCUGAUGACCUGCCACAGUCGUCCUCCCACCAGUCUCUUGCUCCAACAGGAUACUCCAGAAUCCAUGCCGGAUCGGCUCCUGCGGCCACAUGACCUUGCCAUGUUGUCGGCCCCAUCAGUUGCCAAACUUCAACAGUUGCUGAUUCCCAUUGAACCGUCCACCGAGCCAGACCAGACAAGCCUUCCGUCGUCGUCGUCGCCACCUCCGCCUCCGCCUCCAUCGGCCGGCAAUUCCAAGUUUCUGGCCGCGUUGGCAUGUUUGGUGGCGGUCGCGGCAGCUUUGGCUCUGGUCUCUCAGCCUCAAGCCUUUGGCCAUCAAUCCACCAUGAGCGCUGCGGAGUCUUCGCUCUGCGUUUCCACUGUUGAGCGGGCUAAUGUGACCCCAGAAACCUCGGAGCAGUCGUUGAUCACAAAAGGACUGGGCGACAGAGUGGAACCUACGCAGGCUCCUCGUGAGAAUGUGAACACUAGUGCCAAUGAUCUCCCCUCCACCUUCCCGACGGUAAAUCAGGAAUCAACCGUCGGACAAAAGGAGAUCGGCGGAAAUGAUCAGUCUAUAGAUACGGCGUAUCCAGACCAGCCAGCAGUUAGUGAAGAAGAGUUUAACAUGACCGGUCCGCGAACAAUCCUUGCCGAUCCGAACGAAACAGGUGAUGAACAGCAACAGCCGGGCCGAAAACGGUUCCGAGAAUCAUUGAGGACCGCUCUUCCGCUGGUAUCGACCAGAGACCGAGCCGCUCGAGCCGCUCGACGGCUGAAGAACUCGUCGAUCUACAACGCAUCCAAGUUCAAAACCUUCUUCUCCGUCGCCGACAUCAGCCGAUCCCACCCCCGCUUCUCCCCCCUCGAGCUCCAUCUCAAGCCCACUCAGAUCAAACUCUGGAGUACCAGGUUGCCGCCCAGACUCAGGAAAGGCUUGCGCAACCUGCGCAGUCAUCCCACGCUUUGUCUCAAACAUCUCUGCAAAACCUCGCUUCCCUCCUCGCUCGCUCCUUCUACUUGCGAUAUUCAUCAUUAA